AUGGAUACAAUCACCUACGCCAAGAUGUUCGCAUAUUCCCAAUUCUUAGUCAAGCUCCCCUAUCCGACUUCAGACUUCACCGGCCAGACAAUCAUCGUAACAGGAGCAAACACCGGCCUAGGCCUCGAAGCCGCACGCCACUUCAUACGUCUCAACGCUACCAAAGUCAUCGUAGCCGUCCGCACAGUUUCCAAAGGCGAAGCCGCUGUUGUAGAGAUUGUACGAACCACGCAGGCAGAUCCGUCCCGCCUAGAAGUCUGGCCACUGGACCUAUCUAGCUAUGACUCGAUCAAGGCGUUUGCUCAGCGGGCACAGGGUCUGGACAGGCUAGAUGCUAUGGUUCAAAAUGCGGGUAUACUGACUCAGCAUUGGAAAGUGGAGGAGGGCAUGGAGAGCCACAUCACUGUCAAUGUGAUCAGUCCGAUCCUGUUGGGACUGCUGCUGCUGCCGAAGCUUAGGGAGAGCGGCAAAGCCUACGACAAGGUCGGCCACCUGUCGUUUGUAGGGAGCGACCUGCAAUAUCUUGCCAAAUUUCAGGAAAAAUGCACGGACGGGUCGUUACUCGAAGCACUAAACGACAAGGACAAGACGGACAUGGGUGAUCGGUACAACGUCUCCAAGCUCCUUCUUCUCUAUGCUGUCCGCAGCAUAGCUCGGCUUUCGCCCGUGACGCUAGACUCACCUGUUAUCAUCAACUGCCUGACGCCCGGCGCAUGCACGUCCGACAUCUUCCGAGACGAACCCGGUUGGUCUCAAAAGAUUCUCAUGGGCAUUGCAAUGAAGAUUGUCGCGCGCACAACUGAAGCUGGAAGCCGUACCCUAGUGCAUGCUGCGAGUCCUGUCGUUGGCGUGGAAACGCACGGGAAGUUUUUGAUGGAUUGUAAAGUGUACCCGAGCGGACCGAAUGUGGAGAGUGAUGAGGGAAAGGUGUUGGAGGAGAGCUUCUGGAAGGAGCUGGUUCAGAGGUUGGAGGACAUUCGGCUUGGUGUUUGCAAGGAUCUAUUUUGA